AUGCUCCGUAAAAGCACAAGUGGCGGUGGAGUGAAGCGUAUUCACGCUCCGGCGGCAUCCAGACAUCAGUCCAAUUCCCUGACGGGUUCGCUAUCGGCCGGAUCUACCAAGACCUGGGAUGGCGGGAACAGGCGGCGCUCCCACAUCCUGCUAAGCGACGCUAACCCGUCGGACCCAGCAGUGUCUUGCCCCCCCGGAGUGGACCCGGACUAUGUCAUGACGCUGGUGAAUGACGUCAGAUGGUUCGCCAACGUGCUGCUGCACCUCAAAGAGGCCCUCCAGAGUACAGAGGACAAGGAGGGUCUUCAGCAGGUAGUCCAGGAACGUCUGGCUGAGCUGCUGCGUGUUCUCAAAGCCGUCAUUGCCAAACAUCAGACCCUCAACUCUGUGGACAUUCUGGGCAAAGCGGGCAUGCUAAUCGCCAAGGUGAAAGGCAUCAACUUCAACAAUGUGAGGCAGGACAACAGAGAAGGCACAUUCAGCGAUAUUCACGGGUCUAUCGACACCUUGGCGUUCACGUUCGGCAAUGUAGUUUCUGACUUCCUUAUGGGAGAUGUGGACAACGGCUCAGGGUUGGGGACCCCCCAGACCAGAAGAAGCAGGUCUUUCGACAACCUUGCCGUGGAUCCCGAGGACUAUGCGACGGAGAAGAACGACCUUGCUGGACAAGAUGUUCCUCUGUCGCGUGAAGAGGAGGUGGAUCUGACCCUGCUGAAGCAUGACAGUGGGGUGGAGUCCGCCCUGCUCUAUGCCAAAGCCUGGUCCAAGUACAUCAAAGACCUACUGGUGUGGAUGGAAAAACGAGUGACCAUGGAUAUGGAGUAUGCCAAAAGUUACACCAGAUUGGCUGAGUCUGCUAAGUCGCUGAUGAUGCAGCAGGACUACAUGCCGUUCAGCGACAUUUACAAUACCACCUUCAAGAACGACCUUGAAUACAACCAACUGCUCAUGCAAACUGCCAUGGCCCUGCACACCAAUAAAUUCAUGCAGCCUCUCCUGGCCCGUAAGAAUGAAAUGGACAAGCUGAGGAAAGACCUCAAGGAGCAGUGGCAGAGGGUGCAGAAGAAAAUGCAUGAGGCAGACACGAGCUUGCGAAAGGCUAAGGCACUAAAGGCUCAGAGACGAGAGGAGUAUCAGAAGGCCCGCUUGUCCACUAGUCGUUCCCUGGAGGAACAGCCCAACCCUGGCAACAAGCAGGUGGAGAAGAAGAGAAGGCUUGAAGAGGAGGCCCUGCAGAAGGCCGAGGAGGCCGCAGAACAAUACCAGAGCAGCAUGGCUGACGCGGGCGUCAGAAGUAUGGACCUGGCCAACGUAAAACGCACAAUCCUCACUCAGAUCAGAGAGACCAUCUUCCAGUGCGACCUCACCCUCAAGGCGGUGACCGUCAACUGGUUCCAGAUGCAGCACACGCAGAUGGCUUUACUUCCCGCCCAUCACCAGGCGAUGAGUGACAGCGUAAAGCUAUAUGAACCCGGGGAGUGCUACUCUGAGUUUGUGCGCCGUUUGCCCCGAAAUUUGCCCAGGGAGCGCGUGCACUCGGACUCAAUAUCCUCUGACGGCGCAAGGUUUGUGUUCGCCAAGCGAUCAGUGGGCAGUUCCCACUCUUCCCACGGUAACCUGUCACAGGCCUCCCUCACCUCCUGUGACGUCCUCAGCGGUGACGAGGUCGACAGCCCGUUACACCGCCGGCCUGGAAUCGCAACACGUCGUUCCAACAGCAGCACCGACAUCCCAGAUGGGUCGAGGGGUCAGGCCCCACCUCUCCGAGCUUGGACCUCUGGAAGUCCGUUGAGUCAGGGUGGGAUGUGCAGUGACUCGGAGAGUGCGGGAGGCAGCAGUGAAUCUAGGUCCAUGGACUCCCCUUCUGCCAGUCCAGGCGACUUCAAGCGACGCCUUCCCAGAACUCCCUCCACGGGCACCAUGUCCUCAGCUGAUGACUUGGAUGAGAGAGAACCCCCAUCACCUUUGGAUAAUGGUCUGGCUGAGAUGGUGACUGAAACAGCUAGCUCUCCCGGGCCCUUCCGGAACACUCAGAUGUCCAAAGCGGCGCAGACGCACAAGUUGAGAAAGCUUCGCGCGCCGUCCAAAUGCCGUGAAUGCGACAGUCUGGUUGUCUUCCAUGGGGCUGAGUGUGAGGAGUGCUCUCUGGCCUGCCACAAGAAGUGUCUGGAGACGCUGGCCAUCCAGUGCGGCCACAAGAAGCUCCAGGGCAGGCUUCAGCUCUUUGGCAUCAACUUCAUGCAGGCAUCCAAAAACAGCGCUGACGGCAUCCCCUUCAUCAUUAAAAAAUGCACUUCCGAGAUUGAAAGCCGCGCCCUCAAUAUUAAGGGCAUUUACCGGGUGAAUGGUGCCAAGUCACGCGUGGAGAAGCUGUGCCAGGCCUUCGAGAAUGGCAAAGACCUGGUGGAGCUGUCGGAGCUUUCGCCACACGAUAUCAGCAAUGUGCUCAAGCUCUACCUGAGACAGUUACCAGAGCCGCUGAUCCUGUACCGCCACUACAACGAUUUCAUCGGCCUGGCCAAAGAAUACCAGCGGGUGGUGGUGGAAGAGGCCGACGCCGCUCGGAGCGACGCAAAGGCGGACCACGAGGGCGAAACCCAGAAAUCAGGCGGGCCCAGCAUCUACUUAAACCGUGUGAUUCUCCGGAUUAGAGACCUGCUGCGCCAGCUGCCAACCGCCAACUACCGCACCUUGCAUUUUCUGGUCGCUCACCUAAGCAGAGUGGCAGAGCAGGCGGAGGAGAACAAAAUGACAGCGAGCAACCUAGGCAUCAUCUUCGGCCCCACGCUCGUGAAGCCUCGGCAGGCGGAUGCCGAGGUGUCCCUAUCCUCCCUGGUGGAUUACCCGUACCAGGCCCUUAUGGUGGAGCUGCUGGUGCGACACUUCCAGGUGGUCUUUGAGGGCUCGCCGUUGGACGACACCGCCGCCGCCCACACCUCGCCCCGCCUCACCCCCCAGGAAAAGCUGCAGCGCCUCAGCAGACACUCUGCCUCCUUGACGGACAUCAAAGAGAAUUCCAAAGUAUACAAGAGGUUCUCCUCCGUGAUCCCGUCCACUCACAUCCUGGAUGAGGUCCAGGAGGUUCAGCCGGGUACCGAUGUGACAGACUCAUCGGAUGCCGUCAACGGUGUCGCCGAGGGAGCAAGUCUCCAAAAGUCGGGCCACGCCGCUACCGCUGACUACGCGCCAUCACCGUCCCCUUCCAAGGUCCAGCUCAGAGUCCAUCGAGCCCGGCCAUCGACCCGUCCCCUCAGCGUACCUCUGGAGCACCUGCCUACACCCGCAGAGCACACCGAAUCAGAGGCGGAUCCUAUCGCGCAGACACUACAAGCGGCGGCCAACACCGGCUCGUCCCGAGUCAGCGCCUAUUACAUCACGCCCUUCAUCGAUACUCGGGCCAUGCAGCGGCGGACUUGGGACAGGAAAUACAAACAUUACGACGUGACGCCCAGGACCGCCAUGAUUGUGGCCAAGCUACCCGGCACUGGGACAGCUUCAUCCCUGCUCUCUGCCGCCACCGGCGGCGCCGUGUUUCCAGACAAUCCCUGCGCCGUGUCCGUUAAACCCGCUUGGACGUUCAAACGGGACGAGCUCACAUCAGCAUCUGUUUUGUCACACAAACCCCCGAGGACUCUGCAGCCUCCCCCGGGAACCUUCUACAGGCCCCCUAUCAGCAGGGCCAGGACGCUGCCCGACUGGACCACUACAACCACUACCACCACCACAACCGCGACCACUGUGGCGGCAGCCGGUCUCCCGCCGACACGCCUCCAGACGCAGGACUCCACAGACAGCGCCAUUGACGCUGGGGCGGCUUCAUCACCCCCGCAGUCGCCACCCCCUGACAGUCCCGAAGACCUGGACGCAAAAACCGUCUACCAGAGACUGCGACCUCGACGGCUGCAAGAGCUUGAGCACAGAGAGGCCCACUUUGUCUAA